ACCUAAUCACCAGACUUCGCCGCAUGCUUCCACCUCGCAUCUCCGUCGCCCUGUUCCCGUCACCCGUCAAGCGUCACCCACCGCCCACCGCCACCGCCGCCUCAAGUCACCGCUUUCCUUAACCCCAUUCUCGGCAUUUCUCGUGGUCACCACACACUGCUUCUAUCAUGCAUCGCAGGAAGAGCACCGAGAAGACGAGAAAAGUGUCCCCUCCGUCACCGAGCUACAUGAACAACGAGCAGUUUGCUGCCUAUCUCGCCAAUCUGAGAACAACCCGAAUUGCUCGUCCCGGCGGAGCCAGACCCCUGCCCCCAUCUUCCUCGAGCACAAGAUCCAAACGUCCUUCCUACGAACACAGCGUUUCUGAACCUCUUCCUCGAAUCGAAAGCGCUCCCCAAUCCAGUACAAGUUCAACCGAUGCACCUUCACGACCAAAUCCCCUUUCUGUCAAUACCAGCUUCUCGUCCCGUUACUCCAUGUCUAGCACUCAGGGGCGCGAUUACUACCCCUACCGCCCGACGUCGCCUCUGAAGCCCUCGGAAGUUGUUCCCACGGCGACCUACAUGGAGAGAGGCCAGCGAUGGAUGGAGAAAGAAGAGGUUGCGUCGCUCCGGCAAGCCAUGGACGACAUGCAGGUUAAGAAAGACAUGCCCGGCCUCAAAAUCGAGGCCGCGCACACCAAGGGAGGACCUGCCGAUACACCAGAUGACGAGAACCGCAUUUACAGUGCUGCCCUCGAUGAAGCCUCCGAACUUGUUUGGCAGCAUCAGAACGGGGUCCGCCCCCCGGACCCUCAUGCCCCCUAUCGGUACAAGUCUCAUCUUAGAAAGGACAGCUAUGCCCACGCUCGAACAGCCAGCGUGGGUAAAUAUGGCGACGACGUAGUCCCAUCCGGUCUAGCUAGAGACAAGUCGAGAUCUGUUUCCGGCAGCUCUACUGAUAGUGACGGGCACUCUCGGCCUUCUCUUGCUUUGUCGCAAGAUAGCUUCAAAGGACAGAGCCGCAGCCCCGAGCGAUCGUCGAUGGACUCUGGGAUAUUGGGCACCUCCGGUACCAGCCGACCUCUCCCUAAACCUCUGUCUUCUGGCCGUCGCCGCAGCAGUAUGAAGCGGAACAUCAGCGGUGAGGUCGAGAGACCAUUUUCGGGUGAUCAGAUCUGGGAGGAACCGGAACACACCUUGCGCGGAGACAGGUCCGAAACAAAGCUAGUGUCAUCAUCGGACUUGCCGCUUGUGGACAAACCAAAGAACCCGCAAGGCCAAGUCCAUGUUGCUGCGGCCUUCUCGGCGGACCGCGCGGCCCCUUGGAAACCCAAAUGCAAUGUCGAAAUCCAUCGGAACCCACCGUCACAGUCGCGCAAUCCGCUGUACACGACCAACAGUUCCGUCUCCAAGGCCAUGGUAGGCGAUGGUACGGUGCCUAAGAAGAAUGGCAUGGAGAUCCGUAGCGAUGAUAUCAGGGGAGCCACAAGCAUGAAGCUUAAGGACCGCAGUGCGAAAUUGCCUACGCCCACGGCCGUCAGUGAUCGCCCUGGACGGCCGAUUGUAAGCUUCGAUUCGAAGUGGAAGGCCCCUGACGAGAAAACUGAUGCUCAGCCAGGAUCGGCUUUCGGCGACAACACAUCGGGAGCCUCGGGCCAAAGGAGCCAGCCGAUGGAAAUUCCUUCUAUUGUGGUUGCGCCGGAGGAACCCCCGUCGGACAGAGCACACGGGGUCCCGCCAAUCCCGUCCAUAAGCAUCGACGGCGCAGAUGAGCCGGCUGGUCCUACCCCAAGCAUGCCUGUUGCAAUAACCCCGGAUGUCCACUUCUCUGUCUCUACGCCGCGGCCGCUGCCGAAUCCCAAGACGGCAUCCAAGGCACGACCCUUCCAACGUCCACAACGGCAUUGGUCACCUGCCGCUAUGUCAGGCAAUCGUUCCACAACGCCCUGCCACGAGUGCGGGUUUCCCAUUGAAGGCAGGUUUGUCUCUCUAGCUGGAUUUUCGGAAAGAUUCCAUCCUCAGUGCUUCAGCUGUUAUGCUUGUGGCACCAGCCUCGAGGCGCUGGAGAUUAGCCCCGAGCCUGAUGCUCAUCGCAAAGAGCGUCUGGAGAGGAUCGGUCGUAGAGCUAACGGGGAGGCACUGGAGGAGACGCCGGGAAAGACCAUGGCCGAGGACGGCGAUGAGCGCCUUCGUUUCUACUGUCAUCUCGACUGGCACGAGCUUUAUGCACCGAAAUGCAAGCAUUGCAAGACACCCAUCCUCGGCGAGCAUGUGGUCGCACUAGGCGAGCAUUGGCACUACGGACAUUUCUUCUGCGCCGAGUGUGGUGAUCCGUUCGAAAAGGGCAUGACCCACAUCGAGAAAGAUGGAUACGCAUGGUGCAUCAACUGUCAAACCAAGCGGACGGAAAGAAGGGCGCCCAAAUGCAAAAACUGCAAGACUGCUGUCAUUGGGCAGUAUAUUAGAGCACUGGGAGGCGAGUGGCACGAUGAGUGCUUCCGCUGCGCUUCCUGCCAGGGUGGUUUCGACGAUGGCCAAAUCUUCCCCAAGGAGGUUGGGGACAAGAUGGUGGUACUGUGCACGGGAUGCCGCAUGAUGGAACUCAAAGCGUAAC